AUGGUAAAGUCAGCCGGCAAAACUUCCACCAAGGAAGCAGUAAUCAAAAAGUCCACCGAAGAGAAACCUAUACAGGAAAAAGAGGAGUUACAGUUAGAAACAUCCUCUAGCAGUUCAGAUGAAGAGGAUGAAAAAGAUGAAGAUGAAAUUGAAGGUUUAGCUGCCUCUGAUGAUGAGCAGAACGGUAUGCACAAGAUUAAAAGGUUGAAUCCGAAGAAGCAAGCUGACGAAAAGAAGUCAAAAGACAAAAAGAAACUUGACGAGUAUUCCGGAAUUAUUUAUGUCAGUAGACUACCACACGGGUUCCACGAAAAAGAAUUAAGUAAAUAUUUUGCUCAAUUUGGUGAUUUGAAAGAAGUGAGAUUAGCACGUAAUAAGAAAACCGGAAAUUCUAGACAUUAUGGCUUCUUAGAAUUCGUCAACAAAGAGGAUGCAAUGAUUGCCCAAGAAUCCAUGAACAACUACUUGUUGAUGGGCCAUCUGUUACAAGUGCGUCUAUUACCAAAGGGAGCCAAAAUCGAAAAAUUAUACAAAUACAAGAAGAGAGUUCUCGUAGAGAAAGGUAUUACCAAACCAGUAAAACAGCUAAAGGAAAACAUGAAGCAGAAACACGAAGAAAGGAUAAAACAACUAGCCAAUUCAGGCAUUGAAUUCAAAUGGUGA